GCUGUGUCUUUAUUUUCUUGUACAGGUUUGCAAUGGAAUGAUCUUCAAUCACGAUGAACCUUAGAUGGUUUGACUGCUCGGAUUGCGGUGGUCCAUUACAUUGUGGCAUGCAAUGCAGUGCACUUGUAGCAAAUGAUGUUGGAGGAUAUCCUGUAUGCACCACCAUUGGCCAUGCGUCUGGCGUCAACAUUAGUAUUGCCGAUAAAAAGAAUCCUCAUAGUGGUGUAAUUGUUAAGAUGUCUAGUGUUAACCAAGAGGUUGAUGACAAGAAGGUCAACAGCUCACUUACUGUAACAGUCUUAUGUGACUAUAGUGGAGCACAAGGACCACAUAUUUUGGAGAGAUCAGGAGCUUGUGACUAUGCUACAGUGCUGAGGCAUCCCUCUGGAUGUGCCAAAGUUGUAUACAUUCAUGGCAGAGGAUGGGGUUGGUUUGGUAUUUUCGUGAUACUAAUGUUCUCUCUCUUAGGAGGGUAUCUCUUAGCUGGUACAGUGUAUCGAUAUUUUGUGCUUGGAGUUCACGGAAUAGAUGCAAUUCCAAAUUUGGAGUUCUGGGCUAAUUUACCUCACAGGACACAGAGUUUCUUUGCUUCUCAAGGGCAGAAAUUCCGGUGACCGUCUGAAGGCUCUCGAAGCUCAUAUUCUCCCGUCAACUUUUGAGGAACCACGUCUUUCGACAGUACUUGAUUGGCUAAUAAAUUUUGGCUCCCUCGAUUCCACAUUGCAUAGUGAGUUCCAAGUC